GUUAGACCAUCCCAUCGACAUCGUUCUCCAAGUAUCAGCACGCUUCUCAAGGACUGGCAUAAUCCACAUCUUGAUACCAUAUCUUCUUCAUAUCAAUAAUACAGGAAAACGUAAACGAAAGAAGCGAUUACCGACAUCCUCUUCUCUCAUUGUGGACGAGCCCCUCCGUCCGCAAACAAGAUGGACGCGGCUGAGAGGCAAACGUCGGAGCAGCCCAAACGCCGGGCAUGCGACGAAUGUCGAGGUAGGAAGCUCGCGUGUUCCAAAGAGAUCGAUGGAUGUGCUCGGUGCAAACGCGAGGGCAUCAAGUGUGUAUACUCGCCCCAGAAGCGCAUGGGCCGGCCAAGGAAACAUCGUCCAACUGAGGUGGCCGCGCCGCCGACCACAGCUGCGAAGACGACCGAAGCACCACCAGAGAGUGUACAUCCCUUCGUCGUUCCAGACUUUCAGUUCGAUGGAGCCAUCGGCAUGGACUUGGACCUCUCCUUCCUCGACAUGAGCAACAAGGACAUGAACUUUCUCGAGAUAGUCGAUCCCAACACCCAGUUCCCGCCCCGACCAGCACAAAAUAGCUUGGAUUCAGGGACAGAUUCCUUUGUGAAACAAGCUGAGACUGCCCGCCCCCCCGGUGUCUUCUGGCCCAUGAGCGGCAACCUAGGCGAUAUCAAUUUUGACGAGCCACCUCCCGGACCAACCCCCCAACCAGCGCCGGAAAUCACGGCCGAGGAAGUUGCGCAGAUGCUCUGUGGAGAUCUCGAGAGUCUCCCCAGUCUGUCCCCACCAUCCGCCACCUCACCGAGCAGCCACGCCUCACCUUCUGAGCCGGAUCGCGACAUAUCGUGUAGCUGUCUCUCGUCGCUCUACCUUGCCCUUGACUCCCUCCGCACCCUCCCCAAGGACGUGCCCGCAGCCAUGCGAGUCGCCCGUACCGCAGCAAAAGCAGCUCACGAUACCGUCCUCUGCCCCGUAUGCGGCGAUCCGCCCAUUGACCCGCACGCUAAAUCUUCAAUACAAGCUUUCCAGAGUAUCAUGAUGCUUGGCGCGCUGCUGCCCUCCCUUUCCAACGCGUAUAUGCGCAUUCUGACCAUGAUCGACGCCGAGGCGGCGGCGGCGGACCGUGAAGGGCGCCAGAUCCGCUUCAUGCUGAGCAGUUACGGAGGGUUGUGGGGAUGGAUGGCCAAGAUGGACUCAUCCAAGUGCAACGUACGGGGGCGUCUCGAAGGUGUCAUGCUAGAUCCGCUUCUCUGGCGCCUAACAGUGCGCUCCCUGCUCAAGUUAGACGUAUACGGCAUCAACGACUGUACGCCGGGGGCCGGGGGGGAAGGCGCCCAACAGCCGGGGUUAAAGGAUAUCAUCGCCAUGCUAGAGGAGCGGUCCCGCCGGCGGCAUGAGCAGCUCGACGCACUGGUAGAGGCAGGCGUCUUGAAGAAAAACCAAUGCGGCGUUGGCUACGUUGCGCUCUCGUCAGAGACCGAGAAGCCGACCUGCCUGCGAAUCAUCGAUAUCGCCAAACGGUCGAUGGAUGAACUGGUUAUUCCUUGAGCAAGAUUGUCUGCAAUGUGGGAGUGGAUCAAGACAACCCCGGGGGGGGGGG